GCAUUUUACGUGACUUCGGCGGGCAUGUGGGAUAUAGUUACACGCAGACGGCAGAUGGCCAUGUGUUUUUUAUUCUCUGUAUUCUCGGUAUUAUAGAUCGUAGCGUGUGAACACAGUUCAGUGUAGGUUACGACGCCGCAACGUGAACAACGAAAUAAUAUCUCGUCUAUACGGCAGCAAGUGAUUGAUAAAAAACCAUGCCCACUUCAGACCGCUUGGAAAAAUUGAGGAGGCUGCGAAACGGUGUCAAUUGGGAUCUCAAAGAGGACCGUCGCCAAUGUCUCAAUAAACUUCAUCGCUUGGUCAGCAAAUGGACGGACCAAAUUCCCGAUCCCCGAGACGCUUUUCGGCCCGCAGAAAUCGACUUGCUUCUAUCGGAUUCCCUAAGUUACGGCACUAAAGAUCGGGUUUACUAUUGUAGGUUUAAAUUCCUCUUCAAUCUAAUGGAGAUCGACUACAAAGACAAGCCCGAGGUCGACGAAGACGGCGAGCCGCUGUUGCGCCGCACCACGACGCUGCAUCGCUUGGCCAGGGGCGAGUACAAGAACUGCUACAGUGACGAUUGCGUGAGAGUCAACAUAAUCCCCGAUGUAUUUAAAAUCUACGACGAGAACAAUUACGCCGACGAAUUGGGAUUGACGCACUUCCACGUGGCCUGCAAAUUCAACUGUUUCAAAGUCGUCGAGAAAUUUCUCGAGCUCGGCCAGGUCGAUCCCAAUCACCUCGUGCCGGAAACGGGCGAUUCGCCGCUGCACUUGGCUCUGGACAACGGCGUGCACUUCGCGUUAGCCAAACUGCUGCUGCGGAAAGGCGCCGAUCCGAAUGCAGUCGACGCGAAGGGAUCGACGCCUCUGCACGCUAUUCUUCGGAAAUUCUCGGACGAGGACACGGUGAACGGAUUCUUCGAUAUCUGCGACAAGAUAAAUAAGUUGGUGCGAGUCGACGUCGAGGACAAGUUGGGCCAAACACCUCUGCAGUUGGCCGUGGCGAAUCUCUGGCCUAAAACCGUCGAUCGACUCUUGGAUCGUGGCGCCGAUCUGUCGAGCUUCGUUUUUCCCGACGAGAGUCUUUUCUUUAAGAGUCUUGACAAGUCGUUUAAAGCGGUUUAUCAUUUGAACAAAAGUAAAUUAAAAUUACAAUAUGUAUCAAACGCUCUGGCCGUCGUCGAACGUUUGGUAAAAGGAGGAUACGAGCUGGACCUAAGCGACGUCCUGACGAUCAUGAAAUUGUUCGCCAAGUACGAAUUUUUCGAGAAUUCGGAUCUGCUCGACUCUUGGCUCAGCUUCGAGGACUACUCGAGCAAGACGAAAGAGAUAAUGCUGACAGAGGGCCUGUCGCUCUACGACUUGAUCCAGUUGCAACCCAAAGAGACGGCGAAACAUCUCAAUUACAAGGACUACUACGAGUUUCGGCGCACGCAAGAUAAGCGUUGGUGCGCGCUCAACGCGAGGCAACUUGAAGCUUGCGCUCUUCAUCUGUGCGAGAAAAUGUCGAGAAAAUUUUUCGAACGUUGGGCGCUGGAUUCUUUUAUGGAACUGACUCACUGUCGGCUGCCGAUUCUCUGCUGCGACUUGAUCGUCGAUAAUCUAAAGAACCAAGAUUUAUAUAAUAUUUGCUUGGCGGCUGCGGGCCGAAGCUCUUGAUGUAGAUUCCGCAUUAUGUCUGAAGUAUUUAUUUUUUGUGUGCACGGUGUAAUUGAAUGCUGAAUUUUGUCAUUGAAAUAAAU